GCAUUGUUCACGGAAAUACCACAUGAUGUUAGCGCUCACCCUGGAGAAGAUGUAGAGAUGGCGUGCUCCUUUCGUGGCAGCGGUGAUAUCCCCUACUCACUGGAGAUCCAGUGGUGGUAUAUCCGAUCCCACAAGGACUGGGCAAACAAAGAUACCUGGGCAGACAGCCAGGUGAAAUCUCCCCAGUCAACCCAAGAGAAAGGGGCCACCAAGAUAAGUGUGGUGAAGGUAUUUGGCAGUAACAUAUCACACAAGCUGCGCCUAUCUAAUGUCAAGAUCUCAGACGAAGGGACCUACGAGUGCCGCGUGUUAGAUUACAGUGAUGGGAAGGGGCGGCAGCAUCGUGUCAAAGCCUUUCUCCACGUAGAGCUGGAAGCAGGCCGCCGUGGUGCUGCCUCUCACCGCCAACAAGAUACCAGCACUCACCGCCACUUUCAAGUGAAAGAGCUCAAAAAGCGAACGGCGGUGCCUUGUGAGGAAUGCCAGGUCUAG